AUCAGCUGUUUGUUUUUCAUCAUAAAACACACCCUCUUAUGUUCUGCUGUUUGAAGGAAUGUGGACAGCACUGUGAACGUUGUGAUAAACCUCUUGGCUUUAGUUCCUCUGUAUCAGGCUAGCUGGAGGAGAGAUUUUGUUCAUAUUUUCUAGACACAGUGAGACAGGAGAGAAUAAUGGUAAAAGGUAACAUGUACACAGAUAAAGUAUAUGCAUAUGCAUUAUACAAAAUGCUUGCAAAAGUUGAUUCUCCACUGACGGUGGGCUUAUACUCAUCAUGUCACAGCAGGAUUAAAAUGAUUCUCACAAGCAUUGAAGGUCACAUAAAUGAUGAAGAAAAGAAAAAAAAGGAGAGUAAAAGAAGCAGGUCCUCUAUUGGCCAUCUGAUUUCACUAAUCUUCCGUCUUCUUUUCUAUCGCCCAGUAUGGACAGGAAAAAAAGGGAGAAAGGAACGCAACCGCUAUGUGUUUGUGAGAUUUAGUGCUUGGAACUUUGCAGGAAGUGACAUGCUCUGGGCUGGCUUGGUGAUGCAGUUGUGCAACGCUCUUCAGAACACUUUCGGCAAGCUUCAGCUCAGCCUCUUCCGAAUAGCUCAAUAUGAUGCAGAAAAAGAUGCUAUGAAAAAGAAGAUUGAGGAAAGCUCCAAAGUCUGGAGGUCGAAGAAGGUCUGCUGCUGCCCACUCUGGGCCUUCGUCCUGGUGAGCCUGAUGGUUUGCCUCUUUAUUUUGGUACCAAUCAUUAUUUUUUCAUUUCCUGGCCUAAAACCUCAAAGAGAUGGAAACCAUGACGAAACGGAUGGAGUGUUCGAGGGGUUUAUCAUUGCAGUGUUAGGAGUGCCUGCAGUGGGAGCCAUGAGAUUUAUGUUUUUGCUGAUAAAGAACCUUAUUUUUAGCCAGGAUGCAAAUGUCAGAAAUGCCUUAGACAAUAAGAAGAUCAGCGAGCAGUUGGGGUUAAUGCAUGAAGUUCGGAAGGAGAUAAGGUUGCUCUCAUGCUUUAUUCACUUCAUGGAAAAUUUUGAGCAGCAAAAGAUAAAAGUGGUGCUGGAAAUCACCAACUUGGACUGCUGCACUCCAGCUAAAAUUGUUGGGGUCUUGGAUGCCAUUAGCAUACUUCUUACUGACGAGGAAAGCCCUUUCAUUUCUCUAGUUGCUGUUGACCCAGAGGUUCUUACUCAAAAAAUAGACCAGGCAAAGGAUUGCUUCAGUAAAAAGGACAGAGCUUAUGGCUUCCUGGACCGCAUAAUCACACUGCCAUUCACAGUACCACCUUUAUGUGAGUUGUCAAAAUGCAAGGUCUUUAAAAACAUUUUAUCAGAUCAGUCUGAAAUGCCUUCUGAACCUCGAGGAGAAGAGGUCGAGAAUUUAUGUAGCAUAAAGACCUCUGUUUCUUUAGAAGAUGUACCUUUGAUAGAAAGCAGGCUGCAUGAUGAAGGCCACGUCACUUCCCUGAGAGCAAAUGAGACCACAUUCUAUAUGUUUGAUGAAAAUAAAGUGGAGAGUUUCAUCCAGGAAGCAUUCCAAAGCAUAUACUUAAGUGACAAAAGUAGGCUUCACAUUUAUGUCUCAGAAAAUACAGUGUCUAUGAGGAGGGUCACCAAUUCUGUCAGAGCGUCCAUGAUGGUCAUUAAUGCUCUUGAUGUUGAGGUUCCUCCACCUGAAAGAGUUGCUGCUUGGGUUGUACUGGUAGAUCGCUGGCCUUGUAGACUAAGUUGGAUACUUCAGUGUAUGGAAGAUGAACAUCAGACUCUGCAGAUUGAUCAAGGCGUGGUUGAGAUUGAUUACAGCAGGACGCUAUGGAAUGUGUUCAGUGAGCACAGGAUAGAGCUCUACAUAAUUAAGGAGGACGUGGAGAAGUUCCUGGAAAGAGAUGAUGAUCCUGAGCUGUUUGAAAUGUUUCUCAAAAAGGACUACAAAUUUACAGUCAGAGAGGCAGAUCAGCUUAAAGAGUAUACAGUUAAUCUGGACUGUUCUAUCAAGAAUGAGUUGGCAAGGAUCAGACAAAUCAACCCUCUGGGAGCAAUAGGAAAGGAAAAAUUCAAGAAUUUGUCUCCAAACACUGUAUUUAACAUGUCCGUGGAAGACGUUUGCAAUGAGUUAUCAAAGAUAAAUCUUCCUGAAACAUAUGCUGAAAUUGUAAAACAAAAUGGUAUAAAUGGACGAACACUGCUUCUUAGUGACCCAGCUGAUCUGAGACAGGUCAUGCAAAUGAAUCUUGGUGAAUGGACAACUUUUAGGAUUCACUUUCUUGGAGUCAUGUCACCUCAUCAUCUGAGUAAAACUAGAUCAUCACCGGUUAUCUCAAACCAUAAUGCAGUUUGUCCCACUAGUAUGUGUAGUAGAAACCACAUGAAUCAUAUUUAGUAUUGUUCCAUCUGUAUUGUUGGUCAUAAUCAUCAAACCGAAAAUUCUUGUAGAAAUCCAACAACUUAUAAUUUUGGCUGCAUUGUACAUAAUAAAUAAAAUGUCAUAGUGUCACUUCCAGGAUGGGAAAACUAUUAUUAAAUAAUUAGCCAGAUAUUAUGUUCAACUUGCUUCUAAAGGUGGCAGACAUACAUAAAUUCAGUACUCAAGGUUUAGUACUUGCCUAAAACUGUACUCCACUACAAAUAGAAGAAGCACUUUAUUUAUUUAUUUAUUUAUUUUUUACUCAAGCGGAAUCCGUAAGUAUAUUCUUUAAGUUCUAAGCAAUGUCUAUCUGACUGAUUUACUGAUAAACAGCAUUUAAAAAAAAAGAAUUUUAAACACUCCUGAAGUUAAUUCUGUUGAUCUUUAACCAGAACAAAGUAUAUGUUUUUAGACAAAGGACGUUACAGCUGUUGAUUGUUCUGUAACUUUUAGCAUUGGUGAGGUUUAUGGAUAAAGAAAAGACCACCUUAAAAUGAUUCAAUAGCUGCUCUACCAUGCUGGUAGUUUUAUUUCAAGUCUUAGUGAUUAGCACUGUCUCCUAGAACCUCCGAGUUCCAGAGUCAGUCCCUCCCUCAGGUCUGUGUUCAUGGUGGCUUGUGUCCUAAGUCUCCUGAGAUAGCAUUUAGUCCCCCUGUGACCUUAUAUACAUGAUGAAGACGAUAGAUGAUGAAUGACUAAGUGAAAAUAUUGAAGGUUAUAUAAUAUAUAUAAUAUAUAGUGAAUAACAGACAGAUUAAAAUAAAAAAUGCAGGAAGCAUUGUUAGCAUCUUUAAAUACUUCAGUAACUUUAGUUAACGUAAGUACUGUAGUCUACACAAUUAAACCGAAUACAAUAAGGUUAAAGGAAGUGCUAGAAUUUCAGAAGCUUGUUACAAACAAAUGCUGCCAUGAAACACAAACCAAAUGCAUAAGAGUUCAUAAAGAGUUCAUGUAAACACUUUCUAAGUGAAAAGAAAUUCAAUGCAAUUUUAUGUGAUUGUCAGCUGAAAAGUAACAAGUGUUGAUUUAAAAUGUAGCAAGUAAAAGUA